CUUGGAUCCCUUUCGUUGCGCUCCGAGUUACUUGCUAGUUAUCUAUGGCAGAGCAGAGAAUAAAUUAAAGCAACUACGGAAAAUUAAGGUGCCUGUUUAUCAAAGUUAUGCUUGUGCACGGCUGUAGAUACAACAGCCGAGGAAGGUGACUGGUGUUAUCCGUCGCUUUAAAAAAAAUUCUUCGGUUUGAAAAAGAAACUUCAUAAUUGUUUGUGAUUGAAAUUCGAAUCAAUAAAUAAGUGUUGUUUAUUGUUGCCGGACUAAGUAAUGGAGAAAGAAGCAAACGAACGACAUACGUCUGAUAUGCUGACUGCUGAGAAGCGUUACAACAUUGCAAAAAUAGAAAAUGAAACAGAUGAAGAUAGUAUUGUUGAUGGUACCUUCAUCUUGCCACGAGAGAUGUGGCUUGAGAUAUUCCACUAUUUAAGCCCAAAAGAUCUCUGCAGGUGUGCCCAGGUUUGCAAAUUAUUCAACUCGAUAGCUUAUAGGCAGGAAUUCUGGAAGGGAUUGUACAUACCAUAUUGGACAAAAGGCCUAUGGGAGUUUAAAGAAGCACACCGUGAUGUUGAAUCUGGACGGCUUCCAUGUUAUCAUACACAUCCAGCAGAAAGGCAGCUCUGUGAUGAUGAAAUGGAGUUCUAUGUGAUUCAUGGUAUUCUUAACCAUCUUCCAACUAUUGGACAUGGGGUUGUCUUACUUUGCAUGUCAGGUGUCAACUUGACAGAUGAUCUUGUGAGACUAAUGCUGCUAAGCUGCCCUAAUCUUGAGACCUUAGAUCUUAGCUACACUUGUAUUUCAGGAUACUUCGCAUUUAGAGGGCUGCACGAAUACAAAUGCUGUAGACGUCUCAAAUAUUUGAGCUUCUCAGGCUGUAGGAAUCUGGUGGAUGAAUGCAUUGUCAACCUUACGAAGUGCUGGCUAUUUUUAGAGCAAACACAAAGUAAUGAUGAUCAUAUUACAGGACUCAUAAGUCUUAGCAUGUCAGGCUGUGAGAGGUUAACAUCAGGCUCUAUAAGUGCAUUACUUAAUGUUCCAAAGUUUCUGCACAACUUAAAACAUCUUGAUUUCAGUGGAUGCUUCAGAUUUUCUUCUGAGAGUCUGUGUGAAGUUGCUAAUGUGUGCCCAAAACUGGAACCAAAAAAUUUAUAUUAUUGUCACAAUGUUUUAAAUGGACCAUUCAUGCUGGAAGCUAAUGGUUGUAAUAACUUGGAAAGUGCUAAGCGUAAAUGCUGUAGUUUUCCAGAGUACUGAACAUUUGUUCCAUGUGGGAAUGUCAUUAUUUUUAUAAAUGUGUUAAAAGAUUGUUGUUAUGAGACUGUUGUACCAGAUAUUUUGAUUUAACACUUUUCAUGUAUUUAUUAUUUCUUGUUAGAUCACCAUAGCAUCUUUAUAUUUAAGGAAGCAAUGUAACCUUCCUUGUGAGAACUGUACUUAGUAUUUAUUUUUUCUAUGUUUAAGUAAGUGCAACUUGGAAGACUACCUAACAAAUUGUCUGGAGAGCUUAUUCACCAGUAAAGUGUUCGUUUUAAAUGUCUUUUUGUACAUAGUCAUUGUGAAUUUUUCUUUUUUUUUAUAGAUGUUAGUGAUCGGUAGUUACCAAGUAGUGGUUUUUUUUGUGUGUGUGUGUGUGUGUGUGUGUGUGUGUGUGUGUGUGUGUGUGUGAAUGUGAAUGUGAAUGUGAAUGUGAAAUGUGAAUGCAUGCAUUUGUCAUAUUGUUUGUAUAUGUCUGUGGCUGUGAAAAUAUUAAUAAGAAUGUUAUUUAAUAAAACUAGUUUUUUUUGCAUUUAUGAAAAUGUUAACAUAUACAUUUGUAUUAGGAAGUCUCCUGUCUUAAUUUGAAAUUUUGUUUCCAACAAACAGUACAAAUAAUAUUCUGACAACAUUAAGUUUGCAAAAUAUAAAAUUAUAUCCGUUAUUUGUCCCCAUUCAGUGUGUUCACUCCCUUCAUAACACUCAGUAUUGCUGAACACCAUGAAAGUAAGUGGUUAUUAUGUACAAUUUGGAAAAUGUUUCCAUUACAUAGCUAAAAUUUAAUUUACUGUAAAGUAUAUUACACCCAACAAAAAAUAUUUCUGUUAGACAGGCAUCCAAAAAUGCAGAGUAUUAUGAUAAACAACAUACUGCUGUUUGUUAAUGUUUACACAAAAACAGGGCAAACAAAUGUUACAAUUUUUAUUUCAGGUUCAACAUAAACAAUAAAUAAUUCCAGAUAAUUAUGUAUACAAUUACCAAUUCUGUAAGCAGUUGUUUAUGUAGGUACUAACAUGUGUUAGUAUCCCAAUUCACCUUUCAUGUGUAGGACAGCA